AUGUCAAUGAAAAAGUUGCAGACCGAGAUUGACCGGGUACUGAAAAAAGUGAGCGAAGGCGUCGAAACGUUUGAGACGAUAUUCGACAAGAUCCAGUCAACGAACAAUACGAAUCAAAAAGAGAAAUACGAACAAGACCUCAAAAAGGAGAUUAAAAAGCUACAACGGUUACGUGAUCAAAUCAAGACAUGGCUCUCGUCGAAUGAAAUUAAAGACAAACGGUCAUUGUUGGACAACCGAAAACUGAUUGAAUCCCAAAUGGAACGAUUCAAGGCAAUUGAAAAAGAAAUGAAAACCAAAGCCUAUUCCAAAGAAGGUCUUUUACAAAAGGAAAAGAUGGACCCAAGAGAAAAAGAAAAGCUAGACACGUGCGAUUGGAUUACUACUACGGUCGAUGAACUUUCAAGGCAGAUUGAAACGGCAGAGGCAGAGCUCGAGACGUUGCAAGGCACUACAAAACGUGGCAAAAGAGAUCAUGCUAAGCAGGAACGAAUCGGUGAACUGGAACAUCUUUUUGAACGGAACAAGUGGCAUAUCAAUCGGUUAGAAUUGGUUCUGCGACUGCUAGAAAAUGAUCAUCUUGCAACAGAUAAGGUUAUCGCUAUCAAAGACAACAUCCAGUAUUAUAUUGAAUGUAAUCAGGAACCGGAUUUUGAAGAAGACGAAUUUGUCUACGAUGAUUUGAAUCUCGAAGAGGAAGAGGAACAAUAUGCUAUUGGUAUGGACGAUUAUGUUGCACAACAUGAAGCGGACGCAGCAUUAGAACAAAAGGAGGAAGAAAAGCCUUUAUCUAGACGAGCAAAUAAAGAAAAGGAGAAGAAGGAAGAAAAGGAAAAAGAAAAGGAAAGAGAAGAAGAGGCAUUUUCUCCAUCUUCAUCAUUACGCGCACAUAAACUACAGAGUCCAAAAGCAACAAAAGAUUCUUCCCUUGCAUCAUCAUCGGUUGAAGAAGCUAAACCUUCAACUAGCCCACUAAAAACGCCAUCAAGUACCAGCAAAUCUAUCGAAAGCAGUACUGCACCAUUAUCUUCAGGAUUGAAAUAUGCACAAGCAGCGGCUGCUGGUGCUACAACUUCUUUAUCAUCACAGGAAAAUCCGUUAUCAUCAAAGAAGAGCGAAGAGAACGCCUGGGCUGAACCUCCCAAAAUCAUUGAUCAAUCCAAACAAAGCGGGACUUCAUCCUCUGAUGCAACAAAACAACAUCCUCGGUUACAGUCACCAGUGGAACAGCAGAGUGUGCCCGGUGCACAAUCGCUGUUGGCUUCACAGUAUCCUGGCAAGACGUCACCACCUGGUGCUGCUUCCAAUCAACAACAACAAGUCUCAGCAGAUAUGAAUGAUUCGCGAUUACCGGCAUCUCUUGCUGAUCUGGCACCAGCCUUUGAAGCGGUCAAAGCGAAAGGAACGGAUAAGGGCGACAUGUUAUACACCCAUCAAAUGUUGGACGCAAGUUUACAACAUGUACCUGAUCUGAUUGAUUCUGAACGACCGAAAAUAUAUCAGCCAAGAACACCCUAUCCGACCCCAAGCUAUUAUCCUCAACAGCCAUUACCCAUGUUUGACAAUCCAGCAUUAUUCGAAAAAUUCGAUAUGGAUGCAUUGUUUUUCAUUUUCUACUACCAGCAAGGCACUUAUCAACAGUAUCUAGCAGCAAAAGAGUUGAAAAAACAAUCAUGGCGAUUCCACAAAAAGUAUCUCACUUGGUUCCAACGACAUGAAGAACCAAAGGUAAUCACGGAUGAUUAUGAGCAAGGAACUUAUAUCUACUUUGAUUACGAGGGAGCAUGGUGUCAACGCAAGAAGACCGAGUUUAGAUUCGAGUACCGUUAUCUCGAAGAAGCAUAA